AUGAGUGGUCCAGAAAACAGCGGUGCGAACGCUGCCAAUGGCGGUGCUGGAAACCCAAAGACAGCUGCCAUACAAGCCCAGAUCGAUGACACGGUUGGCAUCAUGAGAGAAAAUAUCACAAAGGUCUCUGAACGUGGUGAGAGACUCGACCAGCUCCAGGACAAGACAGACGAUCUCGCUGUCUCCGCUCAAGGUUUUAGGAAAGGCGCUCAUCGUGUAAGGAAGGCUAUGUGGUGGAAAGACACGCGUAUGAAGAUCAUCCUAGCAAUCGUCGUCAUCGUAAUCAUCAUCAUCAUAGUCGUCCCCAUUGCCAAGACGCAAUCUGAUAAGAAUUAA